ACCACAGAUGGGGCCCAGUAGGGCUGAUGCCUAAUCCGGAGCUGCGGACUACCUAGCGGGUUUACCGGGGCUCCGGCUCGACGGGCAGGAGUAGGAACGGGGUGGUUUUUAGUCAGUAAGAGUCUGACACUCCCUCUCGCCUCGCCCAAGGCGGGAGAAGUCAUUGGAUGAUUUUCCACCCUGAAAAAAAAAAAAAAAAAAUGGGCUGAUGCCCGAUCCGGAGCUGCGGCAAGUCAUUGGAUGAUUCUAAAAAAAAUAUAUAGGCAUACAAGGGUUGGGCACUGGACAGUUACCCGCUGGGCACCACCUAGCAUGGGAUACAAAUCUGCUAUUUUAACAAAAUUCGUCAUUCUCAUAUUCAUUUUUAAAUAGGUAUUUUGUUCAAUAGUUUCAAAAGUGCCGUAUAUUGGGCUUGUUGAAAUAAAUUACUUUGUAAAAUUCAGAUUUAACAACAGGAAAUGAGAUAAAUAUAAUUAUUUACUACAAAUUGGCUGUUUGUCUCUAAAUGUUGAUACACUUGUUGGUUUAACUAUUUUGACAAAACAGAUUAUGGUAACCGCGUCCUAUCCUAGUUAUAGUUAAUUUAACAUUUAUCGAUACGCAAAAUCUUAUCGUGUACUUAAUCAUUACGAUUUAGAAAUAGUAAAAUUCUUUUAAACUGUUAUACAAAUCACAUCGAUAUAAUAUGUGUAAUUACUACCUGCGUGUAGCUUAUGGUCGACACUACAGAACGCACAGAUUUCUUUGGCCGAACUCAUGUUUCCUCAUAAUGUUCUGCUAUUAUUUUCGUGUUUUAUCCUUAAUAUUAAAAUAAUUACAAGCAUGCAAGUGAUUCCUGAAAGGUCGAAUGUGACAUUCUCGAACCCCAAAUACGUAGCCAAUCUGACAUUAAACAUUCGGCGGUACAGCAGGAAGUCUGCCUACUACAUCAACUUGAUGGGCAUUAACAAGCAAACCUGGACUAACAAUAUUACGGUCGAUGUUAAAAUCAGCCAGUUCCUGCACAAUGAAUACCGGCCCUCAUUCGUGGGCUUCCAAUACAGGUACUGCGACCUCAUCAAUAAGGAACCCUUCAUUGGCGGCGCUUUGAAGAACUCGGGCUUGGUAUGCCCCUUGCCUGUUGGCUAUCACUCUGUAAUGAACAUCACGGCGCCGACUGAAAACUUCCCCAAUGUGUUUCCCUUCGAGAAGGGCCGCAUAGAUUUCAUAGUGACCCUGAGCAGCACGGGCGAGCCAGUGUUAAAGGCUUUCAUCGAAGCUAAGUUCAAGCAAAAAUAAUUUAUUUGUAUUUAAAUAUGUUGUCAGCGUCAGAAUAAAGUUAAAUAAAUCUGAGUUCUAAUUCAUCGCAGUGUUAUUUAUACGGCGAUGAAAAACCUCGAUUGAAAUUUUGUAAUCACAAUAAAGUUUAUGUAAAAUGCAUAUAAUUUGUAAGCGCGUGUUUUCAUAACGGUUGCCAUGCGAACAACGCGCUACGAGUUACGUAUUCUGUAGAGAAUACAAUGCUACGCCCUUCUGGUUACGGCGGUAAGAGCUUUUUUUUGAAGGGAGAAAUCAUCCACUGACUUCUACCGCCUUGGGUGAGGCGAGAGGGAGUGUCAGACUCUUACUGACUAAAAACCACCCCAUUCCUUCUUCUGUUUGGCGCCUGGGAGCCCCGGUAACCUGUUAUGUUGUCCGCAACUCCGAAUCAGGCAUCAGCCCUACCGGGUGCCAUCUAUAGUGGUCUGGCUCUUUUAGGCUUUACUCGCCGUCCACAGACCCGCACUUAUGGUGGCGAGGUACACCACCUCCGUAUGCUCCACCGUGUGUGUGUGACACCCGAGAUGUGACGUCUCUCAUGCGACUCCUCAGAGAGGGGAGUUACCGCUGCUACAACAGUGAGUCACGGCGGGAAGAGCUAGUCUUUGCCAGAAUUUAUUCAUCCACGCGGACGAAGUCACGGGUGAAAGCUAGUCCAUAAUAAGUGUGAAAUCAUCAAUAUCACUUUUAGCUCAGAUUUAGCCAUCAUCAUCAACAUGCUGUUUGCAGAUGAUACAUCACUGAUUUUUAAAAUAGAUCGACGUACGAAUAAUUUUGACGUCGUAAACAGCUCCAUUCUUCGGGUCUAUGGUUGGUUUACUAUUAAUAACUUGGCGCUUAAUGAGAAAAAAACCAAAUGUAUUAAAUUUUGCUUGCCAAACAUACAAAAUAACGAAUGUUAUGUUGCUUUGAAUGGACAAAAGUUGGAAUUUGUUAAGGAGACUAUAUUUUUGGGUAUCACAUUAGAUGACAGAUUACAAUGGGGGCCCCACAUAAAAGCACUUUCAGGGAGACUAAGCUCAGCUGCUUAUCCAGUUAGACAAAUUAGGCAGCUAACGGACGUAAAUAAAGCAAGACUUGUUUAUGGCGCGAUGGGGCGAUGGCUCAGAGCAACAUAUUCUGGGGGGCGGCAAAAAAUUAAAAACGAUUACUAACACUUGAUAUUGCUUCCCUCAAGUGGGCGCCACAAUAUUUUCGCCCGGGGUGUCAGUGGCCCCUACGCCGGCACAGUUUCACAGCAAUGUCCUACGGUAUUUUGCUGUGGGGUCAAGCCGCGGAUGUAGAAUCAAUUUUUAUUUUGCAAAAACGAGCUAUUCGAGCAAUAUAUAACUUGCCCCGUCGCGAAUCUUUGAGAGAAUUAUUUAAAAAUAUAAAUAUUCUUACAGUACCAUCUCAAUUCAUUUACGAAAAUAUUAUGUACGUAAGAAAAAAACUACAAUUGUUUGAAAAAAGAAGCGACAGACACAAUUUUAAUACGAGAGGUAAAAAUAAGUUAGCUAUACCGCAAUUCCGAUUGUCCAAAGUGCAGAAAUCCUUCAUGGGAUUUUGUGUUAAAUGUUAUAAUAAUCUACCAUUCUAAAUCUGAACUAAAAAGAACAUUAAAUCUUGUAUAAAGCGUGAACUGUGUAAACAGGCAUAUUAUAAACUGUCAGAUUAUAUUGAAGAUAAAAAUGCGUGGCAACAUGUUGGUCCGGCUCCACUGGGCACUCGCUUACACUAGACAGUGCUCAAAUACGAUCACUAGUUAGAUAUGUAAACUUCAAGUAUUAAUUUAUUCCAUUGCAGUCUAGGGAUCCUGGGGUAUCUUUAUUAAUCAUUUAUUUCAGACUUAGUCCAUAAAUUACAUAAAUCAAAAUCACAAUCAAUAAAUACAAUCAAUUAAAUAAAAUCAAAAUAAAAAUACAAUUAAAAUCAAAAUUAAUCAAAUAAAAUAAAAUAUAAAACAAAAAUAGAAAUUAAAAACCCAUAUACCUACUCAUAAUGUCGUAAAUACAAUCAAGUAAAAUAAUACAAUUAAUAUACAAUGUCAAAGAAAAAGAGGAGAAGCGCUAACAUGAAGCUGCAUCCACCUCUGUAACAGGGACAGGUCCCACCGCUCGGACAAUACCCUCAGGAGACUGUUUGAGCUGCCCCGUAGGCGACUUAAUAAUGAAGCGCUUCGCUUCCUGAUAAUCGCGAAAAAAUCAUCCGUCCGCGCCUCAGCAAACAUAGUCGAAGCACAACAAAACCGAG